GUCAGCUGUAAAGUUUGAUGUCUAUCCCGGGGUACCGACAGAGUCUUUCAGGAUGGCGUUCGCCGCACAUUAAUAUCACUCUGCCUAGCGCGCCAUCUAGUGUUCAAUAGCUCACCUUAACGUUUGAAAUAACAGCUCAGAGAAGAUGUAGGUUUGUUCGCUUAUAAAAUGUUCAUCUGCACAGAAGGAAGAACCGAGAACGCAGCUUGAAAAUCCAGAAAUUUGUGGAACAAACCUAGUGAUUGAGGUUAUGUAACAAUAAAUAUAUCGUGAUUAUUAAGAACAUUUUGCCAAAAUGUUAUACGUUGUAGGAACUUGCUUUGCAAGAUCAAGUUUGCUUUUAAAACAGCCUAUCCGGUUGCUUAGUACAAUAAAAAACCAAAGAAAUAUACCUUUUCUGAGGCGCCGCACUCUCGAAGUUACCUCCAGAAGAUCGCUAUUUUCAUUAUUUAGAAGGCCGAAAAAAGAAGAACUGAAGAUAAAAGAUAAUGUCCCCGAUGAGUACAUGCUAAUUUACAGGAAUAGAAUGGACAGAUAUCUCAUGUACACUCAAUUAAUCACUUCAGCAUCUGCAGCAUUUAUAGUUAUUUACACUACCAUAAAAGUAGACUAUUUAACGCGCGGGGACACUUCCCAGUUGCCAGUAGUUAGCACCGAGGCGUACUUUUACAUGGCCGCAUUUGUCACAGCAAUUGUCAUACUGCAGAUAAUGAUGUAUCGGACACCGCUAAGGAUAUACUAUCUGCCACAACAGAAAAAGUAUACAAUGAUAUUCUAUGGAAGCUAUCCAUUUAGUUAUAGAAGAGUUUUCUGCAAAGGGGGUGAAGUAGUGAAGCUACCAGUAACCGGAGUUUCACCCUGGAAAGAGUGCAUGUAUGAAAUUAAGAAUAAACAAAAAAUUAUUUUGUUGGAUGAUUAUUUUAGACGGCCUGGAGAUUUGUUUGUAUUAAUGGGAGAGCAAGAAGAUCCAGAUGCUGAUCAUAAUGAUGACAAUAAUGACAUAUAAAGUUUUUAUUUUUUUGUUUUCAAAAUACAAUUACUUAUUUAAACAUAAAUUCUCAUACCAGCUAUCAGCAAACACUUUAGUUGAAUUUUCUAUGUAUUUUGGCCCUUUAAUGAUACCACAUAUAUGUAAGCAUAAGAAAAUGGCAAUACAUGUUAUAUUUAUA